AUGGACUCGACACAGCCAGCCUCCCGAAGCAGCUUCGAGUACUACAAUAACGACUUCUACAUCGUGAUCCCGCCUCUCCACCGCCACAGGCGGUGCACGAUUUCCGAGCUCGAUGACUUCUUCAACUCUUCCACACUCUCUAGCUCCGACACGGACUCUGUUAAGGAUCGGCCUGCGCACUGGUAUAGGGCUCAGCUGAUACAUUACGGGCUGCGUCCAACGGACAACAAGGGAACGGCGGCAAUGCGGUUGCUGGGUGCGCUUCGCUGCGGCGAGUUGUCGGUUCCUCAGCAUCUAGCGAGGCUAGAGGAAGAUUUGAAAAGAGAGUGGCAGAGACAUGCGCGCGAAGAAGAGAAACGGAGCAAGAAUAAAAGCAUGUCGGAGCCAAAGCUAAAGCCGAUGCCAGAAGACGUGAGGACUAUUGGUGUAUGGAACAGAUGGAAUGCUGUUUCUGAGGAGGCGAAGAGUCUCUACCGGGGGGUUGACACUCCAGGGCUUGGAGCUAGCUGUGCAAUGGCGGGUUCGGGCACGGGCACGAAGGGCAAUUUAGAAUUCUCCAUGUCAGACCUGGACAUCAACGACUGCUUCGAGUUCAAAUCUGGAGGAAUGAGUAAGCCGAGGCAGGGCAGGGCCGCGGAGAGUGCAGAUGCAAGGCAAAUGAAAGAGCCCGUCUCGAGGAUUGCUGCCGCAAGGCGUGUAGAAUCCAAAACUUUCGUCGCUCCAGAGCUGGAACUCCCACUAGAGGAUCCCAUGGGGAGGAUAGGAGGACUUGAAAAGAAUCCUUCGUGUCUCCCUACACCGCCGCAAACGUACCCUUCGCUUCCAAAAGUGGCACUUGAUGCCCUAAAUGCGUCUUAUAAAAUCGAAUCCGAAGGAAUUGAUACUCACGACUCAGGGUUGAAGCUUCGUCUGGAGAAAAACAGCGUAUGGGGCGCAUUUAAACUCGCCGGCGUGGAAGGAGUCAUCUUUAUGCGCGAGCGUCCUGUGUAUGUCUCGCGUGCAAACGAUGGCGGGUGCGCAUUCGAAUGGCGCGGAGUAGACUACAUGGAGAGCUGCACGUACGCUGGUCCUGAGUGCUUGGGAGAAAUGAGGUUCUUCGAAAGAGGCGUCGAGGGGACGUUCUAUAACGUCAUCUCCGAUAGUAGCGAACGGUUUGACUGCGACUUCUCCGGGCGUCGAAUUUCGGUUAAGAAUGAGACCGGGGCGCCUCUCGAUGCGUACGACUUUAGAGGCGAGUACUUUCGAUUGGGAAUAAAGCUCUAG